CGCAUGUGGUUGGUUAUCGAACUCAGUAGGAAGGAAGCCAUGCUUAAUAGCUGGAGGCGUUCUAGCGAUAAUGGGUUCAGCUGUGCUGACUGCUGCACAGAACAUAGCAAUGCUGUGCUGUGGGAGAUUGCUACUGGGCUUCUCUGGGGGCAUUAUUAACGUUAUGGUUGUCGUUUACAUCGGUGAAAUUGCUUCUACCCACAUAAGAGGUGUUCUUCUGACAGCGAUUGGUAAUGAUGACAAAGCAACAGAAGUAUUGCAAGACUUGGGCAGAGCAGAUGACGUCGAUAAAAUAUUAGAAUCUAAACAAGAAUAUACAGAGAGAAGUAAUAAACAAGACUGGAAAGAACUCUUUGACAUGAAAACUAACAGAAAAGCAUUGUUUAUUGCUGCUACUAUUAAUGUAUUACAAAACUGCAGUGGACUGUUGUCUGUGGUUUAUUUUUCGGCUUCGAUAUUUGAAAUGGCAGAAUCUUCUAUACCAUCGAAUAUAUCUAUGAUUAUUAUUGUGGGAUUUCAGUUAUUGGGGAGUAUUAUUACCCCAUUUUUUGUUGAGAGGACUGGGAGGAAAAGGAUAUUGUCUCUAUCUUGCGUUGCUUGUUGUAUUAGUAUGUUUGUUCUGGGCUUGUACUUUUAUUUGAACGAGUUAGAAAGUCCAGUAAUCGACAAUCUCAAAUGGUUGCCGCUUGUUGUCCUAGUUGUAUAUUUCAUCAGUUAUAACUUCGGUUACGGCAUAAUCCCACACAUAAUAAUCGGUGAAUUGUUCACGCCGAAUGUUAGAAGCAACGGUUCUACCCUCUCGUUUAGUAUCGCAUGGGUUUUCGGGUUCAUCGUGAACACUGUCUUCGGGAUGGUGUUGGAUACCGUUGGGGGACACUCUGCCUUCUGGUUCUUCGCCAUUGUAUGCGCUUGCGCAUGUGUGUUUACUAUAUUCUAUGUCCCCGAAACUAAGGGGAAGAGUUUGUUAGAGAUUCAAGAACUUUUAAGUAGAUAGUUUUUCUAUCAUUUAUUUAUAUGUCAUUUUGUACAAAAUAUAAUACAAAACAC